AUGCUAAAUACUGAAGACGUCGAGAUUGCAGAAAUACCAGUUUAUCACCACGAGAGCGGAGAUUUGUUUGCGGAAGAUAUCGAGCAGCAUAUGGCCGUGCUACCAGAGAUGUCGGCGACUACGGAAGAAGUUACGAUUGAGGACAUUCAGAUCGGUGAUCCCGAUGUGACUCUCACCACAGAUCAACAACGGCUCAGAUCGCUGAUCUGGAAGAGCCGUCACCUCCUCAUGGGUAAAGGUAAUGCUCUACCACCAGCAGCACGAGGCGCGAUCUGUGAUAUUGAUGUCGGUGGGGCAGCACCGAUAGCGCAAAGAGUGCGUCCGGUCGCACCCAAAUAUCGGGAGAAGCUGUCAGACCUCAUCAAAGGACUAUUAGCAGCCAAAAUCGUUCAGCCAUCCACGUCACCUUGGGCGUCUCCGAUAGUGGUGAUCAUCAAGAAGAACGGAGUGGAUAUUCGCCUUUGCAUUGAUUAUCGAAGAGUGAACCAGCUGACGCGUCUGAUGGUUUAUCCCAUGCCGUUGAUCAGCGAUCUGUUGGAAGAUCUGGAUAAAGCCCUAUGGUACUGUUCGCUAGACAUGGCUAGUGGAUUUUGGGUCGUCGAAGUGACUGAACGAGCAAAACUGAUCUCAGCGUUUGUCACACCGUUUGGUUUGUUCGAGUGGCUGCGAAUGCCUUUUGGGCUUAAGAACGCGCCCCAGAUCUACCAACGUCUGGUGGACAAUGCGUUGUAUGGAUAUCUCAAGAUCGGCCAGAGAUCAGCUUCUGAUGGCCCGAUCGACGUGUUCAAAGAUGGAGAACCUGAGACAGAUCGACGACCGUCUAUACUGGGACGCCGAUCUUACAUUGACGAUAUUCUCAUACCAGCCACGUCAUGGAGAUCUUUGUACACAAAAGUAGAACGGUUGCUGGAGGCAUGUGAUAAGUGGAAUCUGUCUAUCAGCCUCACGAAGAGUUUUUGGGGGUGCCGUAAGGUCGAUUAUUUGGGACAUCGAGUGUCGAUGGAUGGUCUGGAGGCUCAGCCCAAGAACCUAGAGUCGUUGGUUAACAUCCCGUUUCCUAGCACGCUACGAGCUAUGCAAUCCUUUCUCGGGAGCUUGAACUACUACCGUCGCUUCAUUGAGGAUUUCGCGGUGUAUGCCGCGGUGUUGUAUGAGUUAAGAGAAUCGGAUUUCUUCGAGAUCGGCCGAUCUCAGCUUGCAGCAGGAGACGAAUGCUCCAACGAGGGUCGAUGGACGGAAGCCAAGGUUGCUUUCACUAUGCUAAAAGCUAAGAUAGCUACAGCUCCCAUGCUCAAGCAUUUCGACCCAGAUCGGUCCCCCGUAAUCGUGGUCUACGCUAGCAAGUGGGCUGUCUCAGCAGCCCUGAUACAGGAGUACGAUGGCGUGUACCAUCCGGUGACGUUUACUAGCCGCACUUUAAAGCCUAAUGAGCUUAACUACGGAACGGUAGAAAAAGAAGUGCUGGCGCUACUUCGUGUGUUGGAUGUAUGCUAUACUACGCUUGCCUCGCGGGAGAUCACUGUACUGACCCGACAUUCUACGUUAGCCUGGUUGAUGCAGUCUCGAGGGCUCAACGGGAGAUUAGGACGGUGGGCUGCUUUGUUGUCAAAUUGGUUAUGGAGAUGA